AACUUGGCCACUUUGGUUCAACACUCCAUUGCCGAGUGACUUAUAGGUGUUGGAUUGGAGUCAUCACAGCUUUUGCAAAAGAACAUAAAUCAAGUUCGAUCGUGUUCUAGAAGCCACCAGGAGAGAAAACAUGGCGACACAAGUACCGGUGGCAGAGAACCUGGACGCAGCUAUGCACAUACUUCACGCUACUGCCUUGAAUAAAGACUUUCAAGACGAUAUUCAUAAAUUUUACGACGGUUGGGCGAAGGACUAUGACAAGCAUCUGGACAACGCUAAUUACAACGGCCCCGCACUCACCGCAGAAGCUCUAAAUAAAGUGCUGUCAGAUAAAAGCGCCCUCAUCUUGGACCUUUGUGCAGGAACUGGAAGAGUGGGACAAGAGCUAGCUAAACUUGGUUUCAAGCGGAUCGAUGGCGUAGACUUUUCACAGCAAUGUUUGGACAUCAGCGCCUCGAAAGGAGUCUACGAAAGGCUCAUUUGUGAUCGUCUCGGCAAAAACAAGAUUAAAGGAGUUGAUGACGAUUAUUAUAGUGCGCUGACCUGCGUUGGAGCGUUAUCGAUCGGUCACCUGAAAGCAGACGUAUUCGAUGAAUGGAACAGAAUUCUCAAAAAAGGUGGUUUUAUGGUUUUUACUCUGAGCUGGGCCAUGAUGGACGGCGACCCACAGGAACACAUCGACACUAUGACUGAGAUGAAACAAGUGAUUGAGGGUUUCAUUCAAGAUGGUACAUGGGAGUUGGUCGACAAGGUCGACAUUUCCCUUAUUCGAAAAGUUGGACGAGCUGACAUGUACACCAUUCGCCUAGUAUAAUUGAAUAAUAGAUGAUGAUUCAGUCAGUUCGGAUGUUGAUGGAGUAUUUUCAGGACAAUGAGGGCGCUGUGUCCUCCAGACGGGUGUGUAUGUAUACAUGUACCAUAAACGCACAAAAUUCAUGCACAUAAUUCAUGCACAAAACUGGUUAUCAUGAAGCUUAAGAUAACGAUUAAGUUGAUUAAAACGUAAUUUGUCAUGCAACUACUAUAGGCGAGGCAUAGAUUGGUAAUCAUGACAAACCACAAAGGGAUUAUGUGUUUCAACUUUAGAGGAGAUUGUUUUAGAUAAAGGCUUUUCAGAUAAUUGGCUUAGAAUUGGAGGAGAUACAA